ACCUGUGGAGGUGGAGGUGGUGGGGUAGCAGAGGCCAUGUCACAAAAAUGGAAUCACAACUUGAACCAAUGAAACAAUUACCCAAUUCCAACAACAAUCAAUUAAAGAAAUGACAACAACAAGAAAAAAGAAUGUCGGAUUCUUGUCAAGUCUCUUCAUGUCCUGGAAUCGAUGAUGAGCAACAGAAAUACAUUGAAUCUUUUGCCGCCUUAGUUGUUGAAUCUCCUCCUGUUGACUUGAAGAAAGAGUUUUCAUCAUCUCCUAUGAGAGAACCGGAACUGGAUGAAACUGUCAUCUUUUUCUUUGUAAGCGAAGACACUUCCACCGAUGCUGAUCGUAUUACUGAGCUUGUCAGGAUGGAAAAUAGAUGUUCCAUGGGAAUCGUUGAAGUAAAGGUUUUCAAAGAAAAUCUGAUGAAACGAAUAGACAUUCUUAUGGAGAAAUAUUGGAGAAAUCAUUUCGCCAAAACUAACAACCUUAUGAUCAGAUAUCAGGGGAAAAGUUUCGCUGCCAUGGACAAAAUUGGAAAUUAUGUCAGAGAGGACAUUUUCAGCCGCGUACCAAAUUUACGUGAAUGUACCUUACGAGUGAUACGAAACAAAGGUCUAGAUCACAUGUUAUAUAUGUGGCAGAAAAAGUUGAUUUGGGAAGAUGAUUAUGAAACUGAUCAUCUACAAAUUGGCUCUGAGAAAUUUUAUCGUCGCUCAAUAUCUUUCGAUCCUGAUUAUUAAGGUUAAUUAACCUCACAUUCAACAAGAAACUUUCGAUUGGUGACAAGAGAUGACUCCUAAUGAAAUCCAUGGAUCCAACUCAUGAUCGAAACUGUCAAUUUCAAAUUUCGCUUCGGCUAUUGAGCAGUUCGUUGCUAAAGAAAAAGUUCAUUCACUUGAUUAGAUUUCAGGGUGAAAAAGAAACUAUUAAUUGUUCCUUUACAAUUAAGCUUGACUCUCUUGAUGAAAGAGAAUCGCAAUUAAUAAUCCACAAGAUGAAUGAUUAGAAAAUGCUAUCAAUCUGUAUAAACUUCAAUUCGAUUCCGAUUGAACUUACUGAUUCCUCGUAGAAAUCGUUGAAAUUGUAUUAUCCAUCUCAACAAUUAGUUGAUUACUUCUUGUAAACCAAGUUUAUUAUGAUCGAUUUGAUUAAAAUUGUGUAAUCAUCAAAACCCAUAGACUUUUUAAUUGAAUAAAUUAAUCGUCAAUUUGAACAAUUUA